AAGAAAUGCGGGGCUUAAAGUUUAAGGGUCGCAUAGGAAAGCGUAGGAGGCUUAGGAAAAAGUACCAGAAAAGUGAAUCUGAUAAUGGAAGUUCUCAGCAAAAGGAUUUCACCAAUGGUUUUUAUCCUAGGGAAUUAUUUGACAGUGAAACUGAAAAUACAUUGCCUAUUUCCUCACUGUUUUCAGGAAAAUGUGCAUCAAAGAGCGGAAAAGACGAUAUAGGUGGAGAAUCUAGGAAAGAAACUGGUAACCAUAACAAUAACGAGAUUGAAGAUAAUGCUACCAUGUUAGAAGGAAUUAAUGGUGUUCAACUUGAAUGUAAAUCAGGGAUUAGGAAUGUAGAUAAGCUUGAAGAGCUGGUCAGGGAGGAAAGAUUACCGGAAGCUGAUCAUUGAGUGGUUGAAAAAGUGGUAUUGGAGCAAAAUGACCAAAAUCAAAAGCUGGCCAGUAAUGAGAUAUGUCAAUCUGUUGACUUGAAUGACAAGAGCACUAAUGAUCGGGAAAUUCAGCUGUCGAACGAAAUUAUGAUUGAAGAGUUAGAAAAGGG